AUGGCACGCACCGUCCUCUCUCCGUCCCCCGCGACUGUGGCUCAGCAAUUGUCAGACUUGCUGCAAUGCUUCCCGGCUGCUGCGAUUGGGGGUGUACAGUGGAAAACGCUCUUGCAAAAGUACGAGGAGGGACCAGGGAUUCCGAGGGAUUUGGGAUCUACCGAUCUGAGACUUUUAUUGACCUUUGAGACAGUUAGUGAAGAUGUGCAGCAAGACUUGCUUUUGGCAGACCAGGAGCGCUUCAAUACACGCUUAGACUUGAAUGCCUUGGGCCAUGCCUCACCGCUGGCUGCCACCACCACCCUCCUAUGGGAGGUGCUUCGCAUCGUGGACAGUGAAGAUGGGGACAACCCCGUGGUGGCGGUGGAGGAUUCCGUGGCAUUGGCCCCAAAACCAGGAAGUGCAGCUAGCUGGCCCUCCCUUUAUCAGGUGCUUUGCAAAAUCUUGCGUGAGCACGGGACGGUGGAUGAGGAGGGUCAGAAAGCCAUCUUGGUGUCUCAGUUGAAGCCGCUGCUGCAGCGUCAUUGGCACAGCACCUUUGAUGAGGCCAGCUUCGCCUACCUUACGGAGGAAGGAUCUUCCGUGAAGAUGCGGAAGAUGAAGCAUCUGCUCCAGGCGUUGCUUCGCUGGCGUGGUCAGCGCUUGGCCUGGGGUGGCCGAAGCUCACCUCAGAUGAACGAAGCCAUCGAGCGCGAACUUCAACUGGUGCCCUCCAAGCGGCACAAUGAUCUCUUGCUUCGGGAAGCGGGGACAUUAGGUCCCAUUGCUGAAUUGGUGACACCAGAGAAGAUGAUGAUCAAAUGCCCAAGCUUCGAGGACGAUCAGGCCACGGAAGCGUCGCCGCAGAUCUCCUCCAGGGCAUCCUCGGUGUCGACGUCCUCGGCCGUGCACGAGGAGUUGCUGGCAUUGCGCGCCGAGAAUGAGAAGCUCCGAAGCAGGCUCGCAUUGGAGAACAGUAUCAGGGAUCAAGACCAAUAUCCAGCUGACUCUGCUCUGCCGGAAAACCUCUUUGAUAAUCCCUUUGAGCCGCCACCGCAGGUGUGGCACAGCGCUUCUGCGUCCCCAACGGCCUCGACGGUGGCCCUCAGUGGCUUUGGCAGUGAGGUGGGAACCCCCGUGGCCUCCGGCUGUGUGACGCCUGUGCAGUUGGCACCCGUCGGUCAAGCAAUCACGCUGGUUCCCAUGGGCUGGUUCGCCAUGGGGGAUCGCGGGAUGAUCCCCUGCGGCCUGGUGCAGCAGGCCCGCGCCGUCUUCGAGCAACACACGGCCAUCCCUAACUGGUUCACUGGGCACUAUCCAGUGACAAACUUCCGGCGUCUUGCAGGCGCGCCCGAAGUGUGGCGCGGUGAACACCGGCCGGGCGGGUUGGUUCGAAAGGAUGCUUUCCGGGGCGUUUCUGAUGCACCAGGGCUUGAUUCACUGCCUGCGGGUGCUGAAUGGCUUGGGGGUGCCAGCCGCACUCCGGCGAUGCAGCAGACGAAUUUUGCAAAGAAAUGGCACUUAGCCCUUGCGCUCGCUGGACUUCCAGACCGGCACCUGCAAAGCCGACCGAAGUCUAUGUUCACCAAACAGAUAGAAGUCUACGUCACGCUGUCCCACAUAGGAGCAAUCACAACGCUGUUUCAGCGUGCCAGGGCCUUGGUUUCUGACAGUGGCAGUGAUUUGGCUGUCGCAUUGCGCAUAUUGAGCAAAGCAUUGUGGCCUCAAAGGGCAGCGCAUGUGCUGUUUGCAGACGGUGCCAGCCAAUCUUCAGGGUGGACCCUUGUCUCCCUCGCCAUGGUGCCAUGGAUGCUGCGAGUCGCAGUUGUGCUGCCGCUGGUGCAAGCGCAGCUGCUGGUGGAAAACCGCUCCACACUGGAGCAAUUGGCCAAGGAGGCUGAAGCCGCACACGAGGAGGCCCAGGCGGCCGAAGGCUUUACUCAUCCCAAGCUUUGUGACCCAAGCGUCAAUCAAACAGCUGGCUACAUCUCAGUGAACCCCAUCACCAAAUAUUUCUUCUGGUUGUUUGAGGCCAAGGAGAACCCCUCUUCCGCACCACUGGUGAUGUGGCUCUCUGGUGGCCCUGGCUGUUCCUCGCAAUUGGCGCUCUUUGCUGAGAAUGGGCCUUGCAAAGUGGCAAAAAACGGUCAAUAUACCUACCGAAAUCCUGCUUCUUGGCACUACGCCGCAAAUGUCAUGUGGGUUGAUCAACCCGCCGGCGUGGGCUUCUCUACGGGCAUCGGCACCCACAACGAGCAGGGCGUGGCCAACAACAUGUUUGUGUUCCUGCAGAAGUUCUUUGCUGAGUUCAAGCAGUACCAGAGCACCAACUUCUACAUCUUUGGAGAAUCCUAUGCAGGACACUAUGUGCCCGCCAUCGGCCACCGCAUUUGGAGCGGCAACAAGGCAGGUGAGGGGCAGAAGAUCCCGCUGAAAGGCUUGGCCAUUGGCAAUGGACUCACAGACCCCCUGGAGCAGUACAAGUGGUAUCCAGAGAUGGCCCACUUUGGUGGACAGAAAGAGGGUGGUCAUGCUCCUGCAAAUGUGGUCAGCAAGGGCGACUACUACAUCAUGAAAGGGCUGGUGCCAGCCUGUGAGCUGGGCAUCAUUGCGUGCAACAGAGGUGUCGAUCCCGACCCCACCUCUGGUGGUGUGGUGAACGCAUCUGCAUGCUUUGCGGCCUAUGAUGCUUGCAACCUGAUGGCCAUCAUGCCCUAUGAGCUCACUGGCAAGAAUCCCUAUGACAUGCGCAGCAUGUGCAAAUAUGGCCGUCUUUGCUACGACUUCGACAUGAUUGGCACAUACCUCAACAAGCCCGACGUGCAAAGCGAGCUGGGCGUGCACAAGAAAUGGGGCUCCUGCAACUAUGCUGUGGACCUUUCCUUUGUGGCUGCAGGGGAUUGGCUUGUCCAGUACCAGCAGCUCUUGCCAGAUUUGUUGGCCGACGGCAUUGACGUGUUGAUCUAUGCGGGUGACGUGGACUACAUCUGCAACUGGCUGGGGAACAAGGCCUGGACCAUGAAGCUGAACUGGCCCCAUGCUGCGGACUUCCAGGGUGCCAGCGAUGAGGACUGGAAGCUGGAUGGCCGAACGGUGGGAAAACUUCGAUCUUCCAAUGGUCUGAACUUCAUGCAGGUCUAUGAGGCCGGGCAUAUGGUGCCCAUGGAUCAGCCCAAAGUGGCGCUGCAGAUGAUGAGCGACUUCGUCUACGGAAAGCUUGGCAAGCCCUCCGCGACAACUGAAGAGGAGCUGAUGGUUUGA